AUGGAUGAAGAAGUGCUAAAGGCUGCUAUCCAAUUUGUGGACGAACUUGUUGAACUUGGGGUACUUCGAAGCAUCGAUGAAGGACUCGCCGUCCUCACCAAUGCCCCUUUAUUUGUUGUUGGGAAGGAUGGCCAACCUGGACAAUGGCGGGGAAUUUCUGACAUGCUACAAGGUGGUCAGAACGAUUGUGUUGGGCAGGACCCUAUCUUCAUGCCCAGGAUAGCCCACAUUGUGGACCAAAAGUACACUGAAGGAUACGCUGCAGUGGUUGACCUGUCCAAGUUCUUUUACAAUUUUCCGACAUAUCCAGAGGACCGACCGUACCUUGGUCUCCUGCAUCCUAAGACCGAAGAGCUACUGACCUACUAUGGACUAGCUAUGGGGGCCGGAAACAGUCCAGCCAUUGCCUGCCGGAUCGGUCUCGCCUUUGUACGACUUGUGAAGGAGAAAUUUGGCGUUUUCCAAGGUGAAGCCAGAGCUAACUGCUACUGGACAGGUCUACAAGACAAUGGAUUUGAUCCACAGCUUGGUUAUGAAUUCAUCUUGACCUCCAACGAUGGAGGAGCUGUGCACAUCUGGGUAUGGGUAGACGAUUUCCUCAUCCAUGGGCCCACGGACAAAAAGACAGCCCAAGGGCUGCAAUUCUUCUUGGACACGGCAGUUGACUACCUCAGUGAAACCAAAAGUUGCGAUAUCUAUCAAUUUAUCUUUGACACUGCUGAUGCUCAAACACCCCCUUUUCUCAAACAUUCCGAAUUUUCAAAUGUAAAUGCUGUCUAUGACUGCAUUUUUGCACUUGCUCAUGCCCACACACCAGCCGAAACCGGAACAACUGCCUACCGCUACGAAGCUGAUCGCAUCAUGUAUGCUGUGACAGCAACAUCGCCAACUGUCGUUGCCUUUCAACAUAUCUUUCAAGCCCUCUUUGUUGACAGCUGGGACACUUUUGAGAAACAAACUUCUACCAUUGCCAACACCGAGUUGAUGAAGAAGUUCAUUGCUUUAGCUCGCGCAGAAACUUCUACUGCCACUACUGCAAUGGCCAUUGCAGACCUAGACCUUACCAAUCCUCAAACAGUCCAAGACAUAAUCAACCAACGUGUCAACGACCAGAUUUGUGAGAAAACAAAGAAACUGGAACAACAACUCCAGACAAUCCAACGCUCUAUGGUAAAAAACGAUGUCAGAGGGGCCACUCGACCCGGCGCCUCGAUCAAAAAGAAAAAGAGCACUCCCAACCGUCAACCAUCUGCUUCCAACUCCGGCAAACAACAGCCAAAAACUGUCGCAAAAGCCGCCGCUGUCGUCGCAGAUUCCUCCAAACGAAAAUCCACCUCCAGAAAGAAAUCAUUGCAGAAAAACAAGCCAUCUCGAAACAACAGCAGAAGAUAG